GGGAAAGCGAGCGGCAGAGAGAGAGAGGGAGAGGGAGAGGGAGAGAUGCUAACGGGCAGCACUAAAUCCCUCCCUCCCUCCCAUCCUCCACGCUGCCCCCAUUCACAAGGACCUGCCUGCAUUCACAAACCCGAGCCGGGCAGCCCUGCAGGGCUCUGCCUCGCUGCCCCCGGCUGCGGGGCCGGGGGGGGCGGCCGGUGCCCCAUGCCCGUGCCGCCCACCGGCCCCUAGGGCUGGGCACGGCGGAUGGAGCGGCGGCGGGGACUUUUAGAUGUGCCCUGAUGCCGCAGGCUCCCAAAACUCCUGGAGAUGCAGCUCUCUUCCAGUGUGGCUGAGCUCAGCUGUGAUGAGACAAUGGAACCCCCAGCUGAGGACUUCCAGCAGGUCCUGUCCAUCGACCAAAUCCGCUCCAUCCGUGCCAGCAACAACUACGUGGAGAGGCCAGCCACCUGCUUCCAGCAAGCCCGCUCCAACCCAUCCCUCUCGCAGCCAUCACACAAGCAGGAGUGGACUCAGGACCGCCUGGCAUCCUCCACGCUGCAGGACCUGCACCGCAGCCAACAGCCCCACAUGCCACCCCUGCAGCAAGCCAUGAGCCACUCCAGCACAGCCAGCUCUGUGUCCCAGAGCACCACAGCCUCCGAGCAGCGCCUGCUCAGCGCCCUGACGCCAUCCCACUCGGGCCACUCUCUCAUCCGGACGCAGCCCAGGGCCGGCGAGCUGAAAGCAGAGGAAUCUCCCUUGAAAGGAGCGGUGGAGAAGGGCAGCCUGCAUGGCGGGCACCUCUUUGUCUGCGAGGAGUGUGGGCGCUGCAAGUGUGCCCGCUGCACGGCCGCCCGUGGCCUGCCCUCCUGCUGGCUGUGCAAUCAGCGCUGCCUGUGCUCCCCAGAGAGCCUCCUCGACUACGGGACUUGUCUCUGCUGUGUCAAGGGCAUCUUCUACCACUGCUCCAGCGAUGACGAGGACACCUGCGCUGAUGACCCAUGCUCCUGCGGGCCGGGUUCCUGCUGUGCCCGCUGGGCUGCCAUGAGCUUCCUCUCCCUCCUCAUGCCCUGCCUCUGCUGCUACUUUCCCACCUUGGGGUGCCUCAAACUUUGCCAGCGGGGUUAUGAUGGCCUGAAACGCCCCGGCUGCCGCUGUCAGACCCACACCAACACGGUGUGCAGAAAGAUCUCUUCCUCCAGCGGCACGCCUUUCCCCAAGGCACUGGAUAAGCCGGUAUGACCCUCUUGGGGAGGACAAGCAGACAGUUCCUCCUAAUCCUCUCCCCUUCAUCCCCAUCCUCUGGCUGCCCCUGCUCUGCAGUGCUCCCCUGUCCCUGCCUUCCUCCUAGGAACAAGACUCAGGGUCCCUGGGCCGUGGCUCUUCCCAUGGGAGGAGGAGCUGGGGCCAUGCAUCCCGAGCUAGAGUCCUCCAGGAGCCUGGAUCUGUUCUCUCCUUCCAGCACUUUUCAGGGGUGGUCUCCAUUUUCUCCCACUGCCUACAUCCCUUAUCCUCCAGGUGCCACAGGGUCCCACCAAGCAGCAGCAGCCUCCCUGCCUGCUUGGAAGCCAUCAAGAGAUGAUAGCCAGAUGGCACCUCAUUUCUCCUGCCUCCAAGAAGAAGGGAAACUGUGGGAAGAUUUCAAACCUUUAAGCUGCUGCCCAGCUGCAGUGAGGGGAAAGUUCCCCUGGGAUGUGAUGGAGAGCAGGAUGCUGGUUUGGAACAACUAUUCAUUUCUCCAUGCCUGGAGGUGAAGGGUCUUCCUCCAAAGUGCAAACCAUGGUGGGAUGGGAGAGAAGAUGAUAUUGUCACCCAUCUCCAUCCCACCACUGAGCAGAUGCAGCUCCCUUUCUAUACUUCCAGGCUUGUCCUCGAGGUAGGGUGAAGUAGCCAUGGGGACAGUGCUUUGUCCCACCACCCUGUUCCCUAGAUCUGCCUUCUGCCUGUCUGGUACCUUCCACCAGCACUGAAAUCACUUUAAAAAAGUCCCCAAACCCAACUAUUGACAGCCAGCUCUUCUCUCCCUGCUGCUUAGCACUGAUCCGAGGUGGGGCUCCUGUUUUGGCUUGGGGAAAAUGGAGAGUCAAAGUGGGUUUCCACAGAUGGAGCCCCAACCUUCCUUCCCUGCAGAAGCUGCCUUUGAGCCCUCAUCUUGCUUUCCUUGGCCAUCAGCAUGCCACAGCACUGUCGCUGCUGAGGGUAUCCUGUUACAGUGGGGAUGGGGCUGAAUGGAGCCCUUGAGUUGGGCCAUCUGCAGACCAUGAUUUGGGGUCAUCACUUCAUGGUUUACGUGCUGUGAUCCUAAAAAGCCAAACCCAUUGCUGCAGCUAUGGGUAGAUCCUUCCACACCUGGGCUCAGCCCCAUCUCCAUUUGCCAUUGGUGGGUCAGGGGAGAUUGGAACUGGGAUUACGUCCCAAGGCUGUCACUCCUCUGAGACACAAGUGUGUGCAGAGGGAAGUAAAUGAUUCCCCUGGAGAAAUAUAUGCAAAGUCUCCCUUGGCUUCCUCUAAGACUCUGCUGUCCAGGGCUUGCCCAUUGCAUUCACUCAGCCACUUCUUUCCGUAGAGUUCUGUGGAUCUAUUUUUGUAUAUAUAAAUAUAAUGUUAGGAUGGCUAGGACUAUUACUAAUAAUAUCCAUGAUACUGCUGUGAAUGGUGCCAGAUGCAAGGUUUGGCUUCCUGGUACACUUCCACAUUCUGGAAGAUGAUUUCCCAGUCUGUUUAUCGCUAAUCCUAGACCUUGAGUUCCUAGGUAGUCGGGAGAGGGGGAAAGGGAAGUAUAGAGGCUGCAGAGAGGGAGGAGGAUUUAGUGCUGGCUGUGGGAUGAGCCAGGAGGUAGCAUUUCUUGAUGGGAUUCAUCUUCCCAUACAUUUGCUAUCUAAAAAUCACAGCUGAUCCAAGCUCUCUCUGCUGCAGGAAAGAAAAAAAAAAAGAAAGAAAGAAAAAAAAAAAAAGCAGUUCCAGGGAGUGAUUCAUCCUCCUCAGAAACAUUAAUUAAAAUGUGUGCUGCUGGUGCUUGACUCCUUUGAUUCUAAGGGAGCUGCACAUUGAUGGCGUGAAGCAGAGGUGCAUCCCAUCCCUGGUGGGGAGUUUGUGCCUUGGUUGUGGUAUAGGCAUGAGCAAAGUCCUGACCCUGGUUUCAUCCAGAGACCAAGGGGCACUGAUGGAAGAUGCUUCUAAGGAUGCAGAGCCCACCUCCGUGAGUGGUAGGGAAUUCAGGAUGAUGCUGUGGCUUACAGAACAGAACCUUGUACUGUUCAGGAGGGAGAAGAUGAUGCCUGUGCAGUUUUGCCAUUUGGGUUUCAAGGCAAUGACCUUCUGAGACUGUACACAUCUGUAUCAACACAAGAUCAGCCCAUCUCUGUGGCAAUCGAUUACAAAAUACAUCACAAAUAUAUUUAUCCAUAUGCCAGCAGUUGCUUGGCCCAUGGUUAUUUCCAAGUGAUGUUUCGGGGAGAGACUUCCACCAAGAGGCAUCCUUCCUUUUCUGUUCACUUAUCUAUUGGUGCUGAUUUAAACUUAUUCCUCCUAAAAAGUGUAAAACCUUUCUUGGGGGAAAAAGUCCCUUUUUUUUUUUUUCUCAUUAAGGGUUUGAGGAACUGUCUCACUUCAGCAAAAACGGGAAAUAGUUCAUUGAAACUUUCAGAUGAAAACUAAUGAACAGAAUUUUCCAACUUGCUCCACUUUGAUUUUUUUUUUUCCCCUCCUCCUUUUUAAGUGGAGCCGUCUUAUAAAUUUAGUUACCACCUCUGUAUCUCUGCAAUUCGUUGCUUCCUCUCCUGAUGGUGGAAUGACUCAACAUGUGAAGCUUCUUCAUUUUCACGGCCUCUCAAAUCAUGCAAACAUGGGGUGAUCUCCUCCAGGUGCUGGAGCCACAGGAUGAGAAGAUGGCUGUCCAGACACCAUUUCCUCGGAGCCAGUUUGGCUUGGCAUAGUGCAGUGAGGUGGAACCCAGCACUACUAUUGCAGCAUAUUUACCUUAAGCAAUUGGUAGGAGUCCAGGAUGCCGUCUACCUAAUGGGCUUUUUCUGGGUCAGCAUGGAAGUUCCAUUCCCAAUAGGGAAUCAUGCCAUAGCCAGAGUGCAGGGCUGAGGAGUUUGGCCAAGUCUCUUGAAUGUCUCACCUCCUAGAAAAGCCAAAUUCAUGAGAUACAUUUUAUGGAAUAUGGAGCAUGUAGAAGGGAAUUGGAGAGGGCCCACUUGGGCACAGAGGGCUAUCAGACCAUGCAGAGCCUCAGUUGGAAUGUGUCGAAGGUAAAUCAGAGCCGUGUUGAAGUCUUACAGUUGCAUGGAAUGGAGAUGUUCAGAGCUGGUAUUUGCCAAAAGGUCUCCAAAGAUGCCAGCUCCAGUUCACUGAGCCCAUCUGGUGUCAGGAAGGCUGUGGGUAGCCUCUGAUCAUGUUUAUUUUUCCUGAGCUUUUCCUAAUGUCUUCAGACCAGUUCCAUCCUGUUCCCUUCCCAUUUCUGGCUGCUGGAUGGUUCAGUUUCCCUUCAGAGAGGGCUCCAAUUUUGGUUGGAGUUGUGAGCCCCUUUCCUGCCCCACCCUGUAAUGAGUCAGAUAACAUCUGCUCCAGAUGUUUGUGCGGCUGUUUGCCCUGGCAGUUUGGGUCUUUCUCUGUCCUAAAGUGUCUUUCUUGGUUUUCUGUUUGGAGAGUCGCAUGACAAGUCCUCUGUUUUCCAUGCACUCCUGGGACCUGACAGGGAUGGAACUGCUUUGCAAGAAAGCAUUUCUCCACAUGGUGCAUCUGUGCUGGUCACAGGCUCCUUUCCCAAGAAACAUGAAGGGCUUUAGGGCAAAUUUAAGGAGAGAUGCUCAGGUGCCAAGGAGCAGGAGGCAGGGCAGGAGCUGCUGAGCAGGACCUGAGCUCCCCCUGCUCUGCUCUUCCCAUCUUCUCCAAAGAAUCCUGAUGGUGCUUGCUCUGUGCCAUGGCUUCUUUCAGCCCUGUUCCCCUCCUUUAAUACCGUGCGAUCAGUCCCAGCCCUGUUGUUAAGGAGUCACUGGGGACCAAACUGAAGCACACAUCCUAUCCCAGUUCUCCCAGUCUUCCCAGUGGAAGUAGGUGGUGCUUGGGCUGUAGCUCAGGUUGGCACAUGUACGAUGACAAUAAUGAAAAGAUGGUAGUAAAUACACAAAAGGUUAUUUACAGGAAAAACUCACCUGUAUAGAAGCCUUCAGUCUGCUGAGAACCACUGAAGCAAUCACCACCAAGGAGCAUCUCCAAGAGAUGCUGCCUUAGUGGUGGCCAGCCCUUAAAUGAAGUCUAGAGGAGGUGGAGUCAGGCUCCAUCCUUUCUGGGAGCACAGCUGAAUUACUCUCACCUGUGCUCCCACAGCUGACCGACACUUGCCUCAGCUGAUUAAUCAGAGGUUCAGGCUGUGAUUACCAAUUUCCCAUACAGCAUCCAUCCUUGGGAAAGCUCUUUGUCUCACACCAAAGCUGCUGCCAGCCAAGGACGUCAGAAAACAGUUGGCAGGGUUGGAGUUUUUGGGGAGGUCUUUGAGACUGCAUUCUCAGAUUCCCAUAAGAUCCUGCUGAGUCAACUCUCCCCUAUCUUCACAUAUGAUCCAAAGGACUGGUGGGGAAGUAUCAUUGGACAGAAGAUGCCAAAGCACAAACUUACAGUUUAUCAACAGCUGCUGUAGUGCAAUAAAGAGGGAUGAACUGGGUUUACACGAGUGGGAAGCACCAGGAAGGAGCAUGCCAUGCCCCAAACUUGCUGUUCCCAGCACCUGCUCUGUUAAUUUGCUCUCUCUCUCAUUCUGGCCGAUGGGUAUUUUGAGGCUGGAGAACACUGAGAGGUCUUUGGAUAUCGGAAGGUCUAUCUUUCUGUGAUCAGUAUAAAAGAAACACAGAGAAGAGAUGUUCCUCUGUCCCACCUGAAACCCCAUUCUUGGUCUUCGGUGGAAAUGAAGUGAGGCUUGUCUCCUAGGAGCCCACGGAGCCCAUUCCUCUAGGAUACGUGCAGCAGCUGGAGGUGGCUGGUUCAGAUCUGAAGCAAAGCUGUGACCUCCUAUGGGCUCACGUGCUUCAGGUUAUUUCUCAGUGAGCACCAGGACCUUUUGCAAACACCCAAAGGGCUUCAAAAGGAGCAGAAUCAAAUCCUCCCCAGUGAGCUGUUGGUGUGGCUGGUCCCCUCCUUCCCUACUGAAGUCCCUGUCCACCUUCUCUUCCUCUUCUUCCCAUCUCCUGGCAGUUCCCUCAGGCCUUCGUGAUGCUCAGUGGACAGGCAGCCACCUGCCUCCCCAGCGUCCUCAGCACAAAGCUCUCCCAAGAAGACAGGUCCCCUUGGCUUCAAAGGAGAGUCUCAUACCAAGAACCGAAGCCUCUAAUUCUCCAUUUAACUGGUACAAAGGCGUUCUGUACAGUGUAUAAAGAGAUCCCUCCCUGGCUGCCUUUAUUUGGGUUCCUUUCUAUAAGGUAUAAUACAUGUUUAUAACCCAGUGGCUUUUUUUUCUUUUUUUUUUUUU